AUGUCCUCCUCAGCACAAACACCGGCAUCAACCUCUCGAUACCACCACCCAUACUUCACGCCAGCUGAACUCGAACAUCUCUCAGAAAAGCAGCGCGGAAAGCUCUCCGUAACGCAGGAAGAGAAGACCAGGCAGAAUGCGUGUAGUUUCAUUGAUGCUAUGAGUACCCGGAUUGGAUUUCCUCGAAGAACGGUAGCGACUGCCCAAUGCCUCUACCACCGAUUCCAUCUGUUCUUCCCGAGAAAGGACUUUGUAUACACUGACGUCUGCCUAGCUGCUCUGUUUGUUUCCACCAAGAUGCAUGAUACGCUGAAGAAACCAAGGGACUUGCUCGCUGUCGCGUAUGGCAUCAGGAAUCCAGAGUUGGCAGCGAGGUCAAAACACCCUACUGGAGAGGUGGACCUUGACACGAUGGAUCCACAGCUAGUGGAGAGCGAUAGAGCUCGGUUGCUCGCCAUUGAAAGACUCAUGCUCGAAACCAUUUGCUUCAAUUUCACGGCACGGCUACCUUUCCCUUAUGUGAUUAAGAUCGGGCGUGUAAUGAAAGCUUCGAAGAAACUCAUCAAAUUUGCGUGGAGGGUUGCUAUCGAUUGCCACCGGACGUUGCUCCCGCUGCAAUACCCACCACACACGGUUGCGCUUGGAAGCCUUUAUGUCGCAGCCCUGCUAUCGUCAUUCGAGCUACCUGUGGAACAAGACGAACCUGAUUCGAAAACGAGUCACGAAAUUGCCGAUACACUGAGUAAACGUGGACAAUGGGAGCAGAAAUUCCAAUCUCAUGCUGAAGACCUCGAAGACAUCGCCCACACAGUGCUCGACCUAUUCAUCCAAUCAUCUCAAAAUCCCUCAGCGAACACCUCGCCCAGCACACCCUCCUCUCCGCACCCACAUUCAUCGUCACAUCGACAACAACUGCCGCAGAUACUUCAAUCGCCGUGGAAACCUGAACAGCUUAUACGUUUGAAGAUUGCGAUGAGAGAGAAGGAGCUUCCGAGGAAGCCGCCACAGCCAAUGGACAUGCAAUCGGACUUGAAUACGGCAUUGCAAAGGAGUGCGGCUGCUGCUACGAAUUAUGGAGGGAAGAAUGAAGGAACAGUUAGGUUUCUAUUUGGGCCGCCGGGGACAGAAACGGGGUAUUAG